UUGAAAGCUCCGGAAUCAGGCGAGGCCAUGGCCGGCGGCAUGGGUCCCGGAGAAGGUGCGGAUUCCAUUCCGGAUGGCAUCGGCGGGGAAGCCAUACCGGGAACUGUUACUGGGCUUGGGCUUGCUGCCAUUGGGCUGGUAGAUGGAGUCAUUGGCAUCAUUGGUGGUGAAGCCAUAGGCAUAGGUGGUGGAGCCAUAGCCAUGGGUGGUGGAGUCAUCAUAGGCAUGGGUGGUGGAGUCAUAGGCAUAGGUGGUGGAGUCAUCAUAGGCAUAGGUGGUGGAGUCAUCAUAGGCAUGGGUGGUGGAGUCAUCAUCAUUGGCAUCGGAGACAUCGCCGGAGGAGGGACCAUGCUUCCACUGCCGCCGCUAGACAUAGGCGGCAUGGACAUUGAGCCAGAAGGAGCCAUCAUGGGAGCUUGAGCUAAAGAGAAAGGAA